AUGGAAUUGGAACAUAGAGCAUACUGGGCAAUGAGGGAGUUGAAUAUGCAUGCCACAACAACAAGAUAUCAUAGGUCUUUGGAGCUGAAUGAGAUGGAGGAGUUUCACAGCAAGGCCUAUGAGAACGCCAAGAUCUAUAAAGAGCGUACUAAAGCUUUGCAUAAUAAAAAUUUUGUUUGCAAGGAGUUUCAACCUGGGCAGCAAGUGUUAUUGUUCAAUUCUAGGUUGAAGUUAUUCUCAGGAAAGUUGAAGUCAAGAUGGUCUGGACCCUAUACUGUAGUGAGGGUAUUUCCUUAUGGAGCGAUGGAAUCACAGAACAAAAAUAAUGAGACUUUUAAGGUAAAUGGUCAACAAGUGAAGUCAUACUUGGGUGGUCCCGUUGAUCAAGGCAAGUCUAUCAUCAUGUUGAAGCCGGUCUGA